AUGGCUCUCUCGUUCGCUUCCUCCACGCUCGCCUUCAACAUCGCGCCAUCGGCCGUCUUCGCGCCCUCGCGCCUGGCCGCCGUCCGGAUGCAGUCACCCUCGCCGCAUGACGCCAUCACCGCCAUCACCUUCCCCCCCUUUGGAUCGCAGGAGGCCGCCCCCGUGGACGCUCCGCCCGCGCCGCCGCCCCUGCCGAAGAUCAAGACCAUGAUGGUCGGCGACGGCACCCUCGCCGGCGACAUGGGCUUUGACCCGUUGCAGCUCGCCGACUCGCCCGACAAGCUUGCCUUCUACCGCGAGGCAGAGGUCAAGCACGCGCGCCUCGCCAUGCUCGCCGCCUUCGGCUGGCCCGUCUCCGAGAUCACCAACUUUGGCGGCCUCCUGAACGGCGACGGCCGCGCGCCCUCACUGCUCAACGGCGGCCUCGGCAACGUGAACGGCGUCUACUGGGGCGCUGUCGUCGCGCUCGCGGUGUACUGGGAGAAGUUCGGGCUCGACCAGCAGUUUGGCUCCAAGGACGUGAGCAAGAGCCCCGACUACCUCCCCGGCAUGCUCGGCUUCGACCCGCUCGGCGCCGACUCGCAGGGCAUGCGCGCCGCCGAGAUCACCAACGGGCGCGUGGCGAUGGUGGCGAUCACCGUGUUUGCGCUCGAGGAGGCGCUCACGAGGGCCCCCAUCUUCCCAAUCAACCUGCUUCACUAGAGCAGCGGCCGCUGCUCUCGUGAGGAACCUUAUGUGUGUGUCGGCGGCGUGUGUGGCUGGAGAGGAUGUGUCCUCGCAGCCCGUCGCCCCCCCCGCGCUGCGUGUGGCUGCCGGCCUCUUGGCGGCAGAGUGGAAAGUCGCGCCCGUCUCUGUGUGAUGGAGCGGCCUCUUCGUUUUAUUGUGUUGCAGUACGAAACC